AUGGAGAAUUUAAAGCAAAACAAUCAAAAAAAAAUCAAAACCAACACCGCGCAAGCGGCGAAGCGACCCGUCAGGGUAGAAGAAUGUGAGGGCGGGAGAUCAGCUGGUGGACCCCCGACCGUAGCACGGGAGGGGGGGAAACCAGAGGAUGGACCCCCAAACAUUGAAGAGGGUGGAACUCUGAGCUCCGACGAGGAGACCAGAGGAGCACGACGAGAAGCUAGGGAGGGUACUCCAGAUGUCCUACAACUGGGGGGCCUCACGCUGCAGGAAGAGGAGCUGCUGCGUUCGCCAAAGGGAAGGGAAACCGAAAGGGAAGCUACACCGGUGGUGAACGAGCCGUUCCAUAAGUAUGAGUCCAAGGCGCAGAAGAGGAAAGCCAAGGAACUUAGGAGAAAGGCGGCGAUUGCUGGGGAAAGGGGUGGCGUUCCAGGGAGUAACACCAAAGGGGAUGCCAAACCUGGCCCGAGCAAACGUGGCCUGAAGAUGAAAAGGCAGAGCACUGAUGAGGGUCGCUCGGAGCGUCCUCCGGCGAAGCGCCAGAAUCAAGGCAAGGCUGCUGCAGAGGGACCACGGAACGUCGCGAAGGCGAACCGAGGUCUGGCUGUGGCAGUGUGUCGCGAGGAUGGCGUUUCGGUGGACGAGGCUCUAGCGAAGCUCAUCAGGAAGAAGCUUACGCAGCUGAUCGAGGUGGUCGUCCUCAAGGUUGUAAGGGGGGAGCCUGGCUUAGUAGCACCUAGAUUCGCUACGUCGGGGUUGGUGUCGGAAGGAUUCUUCCUUGUGACACCAAAAUCGACGGAGUCGAGGGAGUGGCUGCUAAGUCAGGACUUCGGAGAGCUGGACGGGCACAAGAUCAGCGUGCGUAAGCUGGAGCAGACCAGGGUGCAGGUCUGGGUUCCGGGCGAUGCGGAGACGGAGUAUGUAAAGGAGUUCCUUUACGCUCAGAACCCGGAUCGACCGGAGCUCAGGAUCCUGGAAUGGAAGGCGGCUGGAAGGGACGCUCUGGAGCUAGGGACCAGACUAACCUUCUUGGUUCCGGAAGGAGUUGAGGAGAACUGGGGCGAGGAGAAGACUAAAGUGCUGGACUUCUCAGCUACCAGCGUAAGAGUUAGGAUCUUGAGGGCAAACACAAAUCAACAACCCUCAGAUCCUAAAAACGAAGAACCCGAGCUGAAGCAGGAGAGUGCUGUACCGGGCGAUAUCCAUACGGAGGGGACGGAGAGUAUGGAUGUCGUCGACGGAAGUGAACUCUCCGGGUAGCAGCUAGGGGACAGCGACACUAUACACCAAACAACACAAUGAACACACAAAGAACACUACACAAACACCAACACACAAAAACACACAUAAACAUAUGCCAAGUAAACCUCCAACACUGCAAGGAUGCAAUGUCCGAGCUAGGACAAUUCGUUAGGAGGGCUGAAGUUGAUAUAGCACUGCUGCAAGAACCUUAUGCAUGGAAGAAUCAGGUGGCAGGCCUGGGACAUCUGGGGGGUGCUCUCCACUACGAAGGGAAUGAGACCUCGUGGUGGUGGAGACACACUUCACGACGAAAGAAGGGAGAAGAUACAAGGUGGCGCUGGCGUCCUGUUACAUGCCGGGCGACGGAGUGGCACCGACAAAAGAACUAGAAGAAACGGUACUUAGGUACACAGGAAAACAAGAAGAUUUGAGGAGAAUGGUGAGGGAAUGCCGCCGGGACAGUAACCUGCAGCUCCGACUCCAGGGAAUCGGG